AUGGCUACAAAACUUCAUGACAUCAGACAAAUUUCAAGCAACUCCAUGCAAUGGAAUUUGAAAGUUAGAGUAGUUCGAAUGUGGGAAAUCCCGGAUCGCUACAAGCCUGAAAUACCUUAUUCGAUAGAGUUGGUAUUACAAUAUGCAAAGGUUGUGACCUAUGAAGCUGUUCAGACCUAUAAGCAAGGAGACAACAAAAGUGUCUUUAUGAAUAUUGAACUUGAAGAUGAUAAGAGGAACAGGAUUUCAGCAACCUUAUGGAGUGAACUUGUGGAUCAAAUUCAACCUCACUUGAAUGCAUCUACUGCUGAUCCUUUGAUUGUUGUUCUUCAACUUAUGAAAGCUCAAAAAUAUCGAGGUAAUUACUCAAUGCGUAGCUGUUGGUAUGCUUCAAAAAUAUGGAUAAAUCCUACUUUUCCGCAAUUUAUCGAUUUUAAAUCCAGAUUAGAUGCAGCGCUCCAAUCAAACUAUGAGUCGCUUACUCAGACAAGUUCUCAACAAAGUCACUCUAUUAGAGAUGAGUUAGCCAAAGAAAUUGUAUUGGUUAAAACUAUUGGGGAUUUAGUUCAGUGCACACAAAUUGCUGCAAAGUUGGUGAAUUUGGAACUUCAACGAGGAUGGUCACAUUUGGGAUGCAACAAGUGUAUUAAAAAGGUUGAAAAAGUUGGAAAUAAAUUUUUUUGUAAGAAAUGCAAUGAAGAAGAUUGUUCUGUUGGUCACAGGUAUCGACUUCAAGUUCGUGUUAUGGAUAGAACUGCCUUUAUCUCAUUGUUGCUUUGGAAUCGCGAAGCUCAACAGCUUAUAGGAAAGUCAGCGAAAGAAUUAAAGGAAGGAUUAGUUGAGAUUUUUGAUGCGGAUGCUGAUUGUUCUUAUCCAAGUGAAUUGGAUGAUAUUCUUGAUAAAAAAUUCAUGUUUAAGGUUAUUGUUAAGCAAACCAAUAUUGAGUCACAAGACAAAGCCUGCAAAGUUGUUAAGGUUACUGAUGAUGACGAUCUUCAAAAGGAAUAUGCCCACAGCUCAUUUGAAGACACUAUCACAGAUCCUUUGGAAAUACCUGAGGGACAAAUCUCGGGUGAAGAGAAGGUUUAUGGGGAUUUUGUGGUCGAAAAAAGUGGAUCGUCCGUGUUAGAAGAUGGUGAUGAUUGCAACACAAAACUAUCUCCAUUGAAGAAGUAUGACAAGAGGAGUAGAUCUGCCAAUAAGGCACCAACAGUAAUAGCAGAUGACGACUUGAAUUGUCAACUCUCUAGCAACAAGGUUCGCCGAGUGAUUAAAAAAGAGAAGAAUCCAUGA